UUACAACAAAGAAAAAAGCAGUAAAUGGAAUUGGUAAAAAUUUCCCAGAAUGCUUUGUUUUUUUAUGACCUAUUGUCAUUGAAAGAGGAGAGACAAGAAUCGGAUGAAAUCGAGGAGAAGGAUCAGUAUGUGGAACGUAGUAAUUCUAUAACUAGAAAAAAAUCCAUAAAGACUAAAAAGACUUCAUCACGAAAAAGAGCCCAGAACACCAAAUCUAACACCUGCCAUCAGUGUGUAAAGAGUUGCUGUGGAAAAAAAGUCCUUGAUGAACACAUGAGAAUUCACAUUGGAGAGAAGCCUUUCACCUGCCCUCAGUGUGGAAAGAAUUUCUGUCACAAAGGUAACUUUAUAAGUCACAUGAGAAUCCACACCGGAGAGAAGCCUUUCACCUGCCAACAGUGUGGAAAGAAUUUCCGUCACAAAGGUAACUUUAUAAGUCACAUGAGAAUCCACACCGGAGAGAAGCCUUUCACCUGCCAACAGUGUGGAAAGAAUUUCCGUCACAAAGGUAACUUUAUAAGUCACAUGAGAAUCCACACCGGAGAGAAGCCUUUCACCUGCCAACAGUGUGCAAAGAGUUUCAGUCAAAGCGGGCACCUCAUAACCCACACGAGAAUUCACACUGGAGAGAAGCCUUUCACCUGCCAACAGUGUGGAAAACAUUUCACUCAAAAGUGGAGCUUUUUAAAACACAUGAGAAUUCACACUGGAGAGAAGCCUUUCACCUGCCAACAGUGUGGAAAACAUUUCACUCAGAAGUGGAGCUUUUUAAAACACACGAGAAUUCACACUGGAGAAAAGCCAUUCACAUGUGAUCAGUGUGGAAAGAGUUUUGCACUAAAAGAAACCCUAAAUUCUCACAUGAAAAAUCACUUAGGAGAGAAUGGCUAUAUAUGUGAUCAGUGUGGAAAGAGUUUCAGUCAUAAAGUAAGCUUCAAGACUCACAUGAGAGUUCACACUGGAGAGAAGCCUUACGCAUGCUCUCAGUGUGUUAAGAGUUUCAGUCACAACGGGAACCUUACAAAGCACAUGAGAAUUCACACUGGAGAGAAACCUUACAACUGCAAACUGUGUGCGAAGAGCUUCUCACGACAAGGAUCUCUUAAGAGUCACAUGGUCGUUCACACGGGAGAGAAGCCGUUCACGUGUGAUCGGUGUGGAAAGAGUUUCGGACGUAAAGUAAACCUUAAUCAACAUGUGAAGAUUCACUUCAAGAGAGAGGAGUUUUAGAUGUUGUCAGUAUGGAAUCAUUUUUACAGACAGUAAAACCUUAUGCAUCAUGUAAUAACUGGAGAGAAGUGUGCCAU